ACGGAGGGAGCGCCACGCUGCGGGAAGUGGGCGGUACGGAGGGAGCGCCACGCUGCGGGAAGUGGGCGGUACGGAGGGAGCGCCAGACUGCGGGAAGUGGGCGGUACGGAGGGAGCGCCACGCUGCGGGAAGUGGGCGGUACGGAGGGAGCGCCACGCUGCGGGAAGUGGGCGGAACAGAGGGAGCGCCAGGCUGCGGGAUGUGGGCUGUACGGAGGGAGCGCCACGCUGCGGGAAGUGGGCGGUACGGAGGGAGCGCCAGGCUGCGGGAAGUGGGCGGUACGGAGGGAGCGCCACGCUGCGGGAAGUGGGCGGUACAGAGGGAGCGCCAGGCUGCGGGAAGUGGGCGGUACGGAGGGAGCGCCACGCUGCGGGAAGUGGGCGGUACGGAGGGAGCGCCAGGCUGCGGGAAGUGGGCUGUACUGAAGGAGCGCCAGGCUGCGGGAAGUGGGCGGUACGGUGGGAGCGCCAGGCUGCGGGAAGUGGGCGGCACGGAGGGAGCGCCACGCUGCGGGAAGUGGGCGGCACGGAGGGAGCGUCUCGCUGCGGGAAGUGGACGGUACAGAGGGAGCGUCUCGCUGCGGGAAGUGGACGGUACAGAGGGAGCGUCUCGCUGCGGGAAGUGGACGGUACGGAGGGAGCGUCUCGCUGCGGGAAGUGGGCGACUCGGGCGCUGGCCAGGACCGGGAGGAGUGAGCCAUUCGGGAACCCGGAGAGCGAAUCCCCACCCCCGUGUCUGCAGAGAUCCCCCGGGGAGAGCUCCUCCCUCCAGGAGAGCUGAGAGAAUGUCGGACAAGCCUCCCGUCCCCUUGAAGUGGGGCAGCUACAGGGGCAAGAAGAAGGUCCGGGACGCCCUGAGCUCGGAGAUGAUCAGCCCGCCCCUGGGGGACUUCAGGCACACCAUCCACAUCGGGAGCCGAGGGGCGGACGACGUCUUCGGAGACCUCUCCUUCCUCGAGGGGAAGCUGCACCUGCUGCCCGGCCGGCUGAGCGACAUCCGGCCCCGGCCCCCGCCCUCCUCCACCGAGCUGGGCAGGACGGCCAGCCUCCGCGAAGGCGAUCACCUCCCCCUGUCGCCCCUGCUGCAGAACGCCGUCUCCCUGCCCGCCCUCGGGGGUCCCCGGGCUCCCCCUAAACCACCCAGGCUCCACCUGGACAGCAAAGACAGCGAGAGCCGGGAGAAGGAGCCGGUGGGCGGCCCCUCGGGGGAGAACCGCAUCGGCAGGAAGGUCCCGGCGAGCCGGGCGGAGACCCUGCUCCCCCGCGCCGUCUCCCUCCUCUCCCUAAAGCUGGACCUCGGGCCCUCGAUUCUGGACGACAUCCUCGAGGUGAUGGAGAAGAAGGACUUACCGCCCGAGGGGGCCGGCCCGGUUCAGGAGCCGGGAUCCAGGUGUGAAAUCCUCUCCUCCGAGUAGGGGGUCUUGAGGGUCGGGGCGGAAGGGAAAAGAAGAGAGCGACUUGGGCACAACCCAGCAGCCCUCAACUGUCCAACACGGAGAAAUCCGACCAGCGCUCCAAUGGUUGCUAUUGUCAGGGAAUGUAGAAGAGUCUUGGAGACCAUAAACUUUAAUAAUAGACCAGAAAAUAACGAAGCACGAGGGGCCAUGGAGCGAGAGGGACAGAGACAGCAGGCAGCAAGCCAAACUCUAGACAGGGAGGGUGAAGGCUGGGAGGGGCCGGCCCGUUGGAUGAGUGAAGAUGGACUGUGAUUGAGAACUGGGGUUCAAAUAGGCCGCAGGUGACAUGCGUGGAAUGAGCGGCAGGUGAAUCCUGGGUGGGGAGACUGAGAUGUGUCGGGGGGUGGGGGAGGGCAGGCCUGAUAAUUACUUAGAGAACCCAUACGGCCUAGAGAACCCCCCCCCCCGUCGCAUAAUUACACCGGUGUGAACAAUUAACCGACCAGUCCGUCCAUCUUUGGAAGGUGGGGGUCGGGGGGGGGGGCGGGUAACUGGAGCGCUCAGAAAGGGAGCGUAGAAACUCCUCACAGACAGCUGCGGGGAAUUGAACCCGGGUCACCGGAGCUGUAGUAGUGUUACCCUAAGCUCUAUGCCAUCGCGGUGAGUGGCAGCGGGGCUCCGACCCUUCGUCAGGCGUUGCGGACCCUGCCUCCCCUCUGCAGGGGAGGGGCCAGUUUUGUACUUCCACCUCUUCCUGCCCCCCCCCAAUCCUCUCAAGGAUUGGAGUCGGUUUACAGUCAUCACUGGUACUAAGGUAGGACAGGCCCUUCAGCCCACGACGUUGUGCCAACCCGUUAGCCAACCCUUCGUUCCCAUAUCGUCCUCCAGUUUUCUAUCACCCAUGCGUCUCUCGAAGAGUCUCUGAAAUGUCCCAGCCCCCACCCCCAGCAGCAUGGUCCACGCAGUAAGAACUCUCAAACUACCUCUGGCAUUUCCCCCACCUCCAAACUCCUUCAACUGAUACCCCCCCCCCCUUUCUGCCCUGGGAAAAAGUCUCUGGCUGUCCACUAUCAAGCCCCCUCUCAUCCCCCUUCUCUCCAGAGAGAAAAGCCCUAUUUCACCCCACAUGCCCUCUGAUCCGCCGAACGGAACGCGACACUCCAGGGAGAGCGGGCUGCCAGGGCAGAACCGGGCCCGGCGACAGCAGGGUGCACAGAAUGAGGCGUCGCGGCCGCAGAGAAAAGACAGGUGGACGACGAGGCGCGGUUCCGACCAGUGCCGGUCUGGCAGCCGUGGGCUGUUCGACUGCAACGGUCUGCCCUCUCCUCCUCUCGGGGACGGGGACGCCGACCGGCCGGCGCGGAGGCUCCCGGUGAAGUCUUGUCCCGUUAGGCACCUCAAGGAGCCAAUGAAAGCCGCCGCCCUUCGGUGGGCAUGGAGCCCUUUAGCUCCCGCCAGGGACAGCGAAGCCAGCUGGCUCUAUCGCCCUCCCGCCUCGUCAUGACUGAAACCACAGCUUAAUAUAACUUCUAUUUAAUUCAACGUCUUGUACGUAAUUUAUUGAGAUGCGGGUCCUUUGCGACCCGCACACGGGACAAUUUACAACGACCAGUUAACCUACUGACCGGCCUGUGGACUGUGGGGGGAAACCGGAGCACCCGGAGGUAACCCGUGCAGUUAGAGGAGAGCUCCGGGCUCCGGCGCCCUGGACUGUAAUGGCUAACCGCUACAAUACCGUAAGUGGACCUUGUACAUAGGACAAAGCUUAACGGGGCCUCCCACGGUAACAACCGGAUUAAAUUUACAACAUCAAAGUG